GAGAGGCGGCACAGACACAAAUUUCAGUGAUCUGUAAAGAGGACGACGACAACCACCGUAGAACAUUCUUCUUUUGGCUGGUGCUGUGAGAUUUUUGAUCGUUUUGUCGGAGCAUCAUGCCUGCUUCCGCACGCCAGAGCGGUGUCCGUGGCGUUCAAUGGUUGCACAACGUCAAGCGCCCGAACAUCGCGGGCUGGAGAGCGGAGAUCACUUCUAAUUACCGUGGCGAAAGCAGCAACGCAGGCAAACACAAGGGCCGUAAGUUGGUGCGCACCUUCACGCUCGACAUACGGGAAUACGAGGGCUACCCGGUGGGGCUUGCCGACGAGCUGGAAAAUCUCCGACAACAGGCGGUGGCUCAGCGGCAGCAGUGGGAGGAGGAGGCCCGCCAUAAAACACCGGAAUUAAACGGAAAAGAGAAACUGACAAGCCCGCUGGCGCGAGCACAGACGGAUCAAGCAGUCCAAUCGCCAUCGGAGGAAGACGAACCCAAGCCACGCACUCUGACUGAUCAGAGAAGGAAGGUACCUACUUAGGCAGGGCAUUUCUUUUGGAAACCGCGACGAGUGUUGCAGACUUCUUCUUGAAAUGAAUAUCCAUCAGUCAGUAAUGCUACCCAGUUCAUUAUUUCGGGCGGACUUUGUGCCAGAAUGAGAAUGUGACUCGCAUGAAAAUCAACUUGAAUCAAAUACAUUCGCACUCAAAUGCAGCACCAGACAUCUGCGCCCAUCCGCACCCGCAAUUCUCCGGGCGGGGAUGGAGCGAUAUUGCGGACGAAAAAAGAGCCCAUCGCGCUUGCGGAAGAUGAGAUAAAGCUGCAGAGCAAGCCGGUGAGGAAAAAGACUAAGACGAUGAAAUCCGCUGAGAAGUCCUCCGACCCAAUCCACAACAAGCAAAAUUCAAUACUCGUCUCGGGCCAGCAACAGCCUGCUUUUGCGGAAUGUGAAGACGUCGAAGAUUGGGCACUGGCGCCAGCCGUGAAAAGCAGCCCGGUAGAAGAUAUUGGGCGCGAGGGCGUGAAGGACAGUGGGUUGGAUGAAGAUGGCUUCGCUGGAGAUUGUUUCUGUGACCACGACGCGGAAAACUUGUUUUGGUACGACAACGAACACGACGAGUACGAUGACACGAUGGGUUACGACGAGACUACUUCUGCUUACGAGGAGAUGCAGGAGCCGUGGAAUUGGGACGAAAACGCCGCUGAUUGGGCCAGCGAGCAGAAGGAGGAGUCAAAAGACGCAUCAUCUUCAUCGAAAAACAAGAAGAAGAAGAAGAACAAGCUCGUGAAAGGUGGGAAGGACAAGGACAAAACGAAGAAAGCGAAAAAGGUGUUGGUGCAAAAAGACAGCAAGACGCGCCAUCAUGUGUCGAAAAAGGAUAAAGGGCCGACCUUCGACAGUGUGGUUUUGUCCUCGGGCAUGGAAGUUACGGCCACCGCCGUGAAAAUCGGCGAUCAGCUGUACCGGAAAGGGCGCUACGAGAAACACGGUUUGAAGCCCGUAAGCUUCAAGGUGCAAGACGAGCAGCACGAAAUUCUGGUGAAGUACAAGCAUUCUAUCAAGGACCCGAUAAAGCGGCUGCAGCUCGCCGGAGACCCAAACGUGGUUAAGAAAACGGUCGUCCGGGUGCCGCGCUGUCCGGAACCUGGGGUAUUCUUCGAAAACACAGGCGAUCGUAUCUCGCAAAAGGUUUGGAGGGUGAGAUAUAAAGAUUUGCAGGGAAAGUGGCGCCACAAAAGAUUUAACUCGAAGGAUUACGCUGAUCCGCAGCACGGUGACGACGAUGGGCACCAACAGGAGGCCGCACAACAGCGCUGCAUGGAAGCUGCGGUUAAAUGGCUCCGGGAACAUAAAGAAACCAUGGCAAAGAUACGGGGCCAGCAGGGGACGAAAAAGAUCGUACUGAAUAUACUUAACUCACUUUGUGAAUAAUCUGAAACUGAAUUGGAGGAUGUCAGGCGACAGCAUGAUGUUCUCACAUGUCUUCCUACUAUAAUUCAAAUAAUGUGUUGGUGUGCCAGGGAGCAGCUGAUGAUCUUCAAUGCGAAUGUUUUGUGCUGUUGUUAUGUUUCCCAGCAGGCAGCAGCACUAGCAACAGCAUCAUUUCUUUUUUUUUCGCAGGAUCCUUCGGCAGCGGUUCGUAAGAGCGGUCUCCGUGGGGUGUGUUGGUCCCGACACUCCCAUCAUCCGCAUCUCAUGGGCUGGAUGGCACAUAUUACAUCCAAAUCUUUUUGCGGAAAAUCUGGCCGCGCGAGGGGCGACGGGCGAACGGUGAGGCGUUGCUUCAGGCUGGACAGCAGGGAGUACGAAGACGAUCCCGAGGGCCUGGAGGAGGCGCUCGAGGACCUGCGGCAGAGGGCGGCCGGGCAGCGAAAGAUCUGGGAGGAGCAGGUGUUCGUUGUCGAGGAAGCAAAACCGCGGGGGGUUGUCGAGCGGGAGAGCUUCCACUCAGGUGGUGAAUAGAAACAUAUGGUGGCUCGGUAACAGCAGCACGCAGGACUGGAUUAGUGUUCGCUUGUCGAUCUGGCCGAGACGGAACGAAUAGUAGUACAUGUAUGAUAUUAGCGAGAGACUAUGACUAGGGAUAGUGACACGGCGCGCAGUUGUAUCGCUUGCAGCUAGAAGCUUUCAGGGUUCACAGAUGAGACUUUUGAAACUGAAGCAAGAAUCUGAAGUCAUUUUUAACCAAAGAAAUUCAUUAAGAUGCAAAUGCGCAUGAUAUUACAGAAAAACACUAACCUUGCGCUUGCGUUGUGCUUUUCUGAUUGCGUCUGUACAAUACACCAUCAUCAUCCAUGACGAGACGAAUGACAUAGCAAUUUUGGGCGAUACGGAAAUAAUGUUUCAACACGUGCAUAUACGUUUCAAAGUGAAAAUUGGACCCACCGUGGUCGGUCAGUAU